AUGCCCUUUGGCCGUAAUCACUACAUUCGGUCGCUAGAAUCCCGCGUUGAGCAGCUCGAGAGCUCCUUGACUGAGCAGGGCCUCCCGGAUCCAGGGAACAGUCAAUGGCGAUACCAACCACAGUCAGCGCACUCGCGCCAGAGCUCAAGCACGCACAUCCCUAUUGGGCAAUUCCAAGUACCUCCACCGACUCCGGGACAGUUCGAACCUCCAGACAUCGAUCUAGUGUCAGACGACGAUGACGAGGGCCAAGACUUUCAGAUUGAUUCCAUAGUCGUAGUGCUCAAAGACCUCUCUCUAGAUGCAAAUGGCGGUUACAUUGGACCUUCAUCCCAUAUCACUAUGAGACGGCUGGUCGGGUUUCUUCUGAGAGAGAAGAGCAACCAGGGCGGAAUGCUUCGCCUCGUUAUCGGACAAGCCUCUCCAGCUCCGGACCCCCAUCGCUUACUAAUGACGAGGAAACUGUUUGCUUCUCCGAAAUCCCCCCGAAGUAGGAGACAGGAUGAUUCACUCCACGCACGCCGGUACACCAUCUUCGACACCUACGAAAAGUGCAUUUUGCAUCUCGUGUAUGCCACUGCUGGUAGAUUUCUCGAGACUUCUGGGGAAGUGAACCCUGCCUUUAAGCCCGAAUCACACUACGCCGCUUCCCUAAAGCACCUUGAUGAGAUACUUCAAUUUCGGGACACCCGCUCAGUGUGUACGCUAAUGCUUCUCGCGGUUUAUUGCUUUCCUGCAUCUAGAGACCCCGGCGCCUGGGCGUAUAGUCGGCUUGCCAUGCUCAACGCGAUCGAUCUGGGCCUUCAUCGUCAAAUACCACCUGCGAAGGGACUUCACUUUGGAAUUGAGAUGCAGAAACGGAUAUUCUGGGCCUGCUAUGCAUUCGACAGGCAAAUCUCGAUACCGCUUGGAAGGCCAUUCGGACUAUCGGACCGUGAUAUCGAUGUGCCCCUAUCACUCGACAUUGAUGAAGCAUGCAAUGACCCCGACGUGGUCGAGAAUGCCUUUGAUGCGCAUGCCCAGAUAGGGACAGAGUCUACACCUGCCCCAGCUAUGAGCACCACGUUAUCUCUAUGUAUCCACGUCCUUCGAAUCCGACGAAUAGAGUCACAGAUCGAGCAGACUAUCUACCGCGUAGAUCACACUGAAGCCGUUCAAGACUCGGUGAUUGACGGCUUCAUCAGCCAGCUAACGCAUUGGAAGGAUAUGAUUUCGCAAGAUGCGCGAAGAAUGACUGACUCUGAUGGAAAGGCGUUCGACGGCUAUGAUCAUUACAUGGUCUUCUACUUCAAAACCCUCCGCCUGCUCUUCUACCCAUAAUUGACGAAACCCCAAGCGUCACCCCGCUUCUUAAAAGCUCUCGCUGCGUCGUGCGGCGGCAUUUGCCAAACCUACAAGCGCCUCCGCCAAAUAAUGUACGUCGGCUACAGCAUGAUGUCCCUCCAAACCGUCUUCUUAGCCGGCCUCCCGCUCAUCUGCUGCGCCUGGUCCUCACCCUCCGACAUAUCCACUCCCGCGACCAGCAACGACAUCAGCGCCUGCAGCAUUGUGCUCCUCGUCAUGGCGGAGCGCAUGCAAACCGCGAAGAAGUAUCGCAACGCGUUCGAGGUUGUGCGAGCGAAAAUCGCCGACCAGAUCGCUGAGGGUGGCAUGAUAGCGCCGCGACAGGCUGUUGGUGAGCUUACGGUUGACUUACAGGAGACGAUCAGGAAGUGCGGAGGAGGGGCUGGGAAAUACGGAGCAGUUUGAGGAGAUGGUAAGGUUAAUGGCGGGGCAGCAGGG